AUGAUAUUAUUUAUUCUGAUCUUCUCCUCUUGUACCACUUCCCUUUAUUCAUUUAAUUAUCAGACUGUUGAACAUUGGAGAUAUUUAAGACCAGAAAAAUCUACACAUAAACCAUCAUAUUUCGGUUAUUCCUUAGCAGUUCAUAGGUCCAGUUUACUCAUCGGUGCACCUCGUGAUCAUUCUCCACAUGAUAUUAUACCAAGACGCGGUGCUGUAUGGAAAUGUGAAUUUCAUUCAGAUAAUAAUUGUCAACGUAUACAAUUUCGUCGUAAUGGCGAAGCUAAUGUUCGCGUUGGUACAUCAUAUGACAAUAAAACAGAUCAAUGGUUAGGUACUUCAUUAGCAGCUAAUGACGGCAAUAUAAUUGCAGGUGCACCAUUUCUAAAACAUCGUAUUAAUGACGGACAUAAACUCGAGUAUGAAAUACCAGGUGGUGCACUUAUUGGAAAGUAUGGUAAAUCAUUGUCGAUGAUAGAAGAUACACAAAUAUUUUCUCCAUCGUUUCUCAAUUGGCAUUCUCGAAAUUAUAAUCAAGAAGGUUACGGUGAAUUUGGUUUUCAAGUAGCAUUAAGUGAAAAACCAGCACGUAUUAUUGUAACAGCACCAGGAUCUUUUUAUUUUCGAGGCGGAAUACAUUCAAUUCCAAUACUUGAAAACAAUUGGAUCGAUACAAGACAUCCAUUUACUUCUCCACAUUAUCAAUGGCGUGAUGCUGGUUGGCUUCGAUACCCAUCAAAUUAUUCUUCAAAUGAAUACGAUGAUUGGUGUUAUCGAGGUUAUGCAUUAGCUCUAGGAAAUUUUAAUGAUAAUGAUAAUCAAGAAAUUAUUGUUGGUAUACCAAAAUUAGAUAAUUAUCGUGGUGCCAUCGAAAUAAUGAAUAGUGAUCUUGAUGAAAAUUCGAUACGAACACUAAAUGGUUCACAAAUGGGAGAAUAUUUUGGUGCAUCAUUAUGUGUUGUUGAUAUUAAUAAUGAUGGACUUGAUGAUUUGAUAGUCGGUGCACCGCUGUAUACAGUGAGAAAAGAUGGUCGUAUUAUAGCUGAGGCUGGUCGAGUUGAUAUAUUUUUUCAAACACCAGAGCAUAAUCUUGUGCGGAAACAAAGCAUUGAAGGAACACGAGAAGGAGGUCGAUUAGGACAUACAUUAGCCAAUUUAGGUGAUAUUGAUAAAGAUGGAUAUAAUGAUGUAGCUAUUUCAAUUCCAUUUAUUAAUCAUGGUUCAUCUAAUAUGAUACAUAUUUAUCGUGGAUCAAAUGAUGGACUCAUUUUAACACCAUCACAAAUUUUUCAAGCUGCAGCAUUAAAAGGAUUCGGUUGGGCACUGCAAGGUCAAUUUGAUUAUGAUAAUAAUGGCUAUUUAGAUUUAGCCGUUAGCAGUAUACAUUCGGAAACUGUUGCUAUCAUUUUAGCACGGCCUGUAUUGCGUUUACAAACAAAAUUACAUAAUAGUUCACCUACAAUUCCACUUAAUUGUACAUUACGUAGUGAUGAUGCAUGUUUUAUUCUAACUGUAUGUAUUCACCUUCAUGAUGCGAAGUAUCAAGCUUCAAAACGUGAUACAUUGACAUAUGAAAUACAACUUGACAAAGAUAAAGAUCAAGCUGAUAAACGAUUACUAUUUCGAGAAUCAUACAGAUCAUUUAAAAAACGACAAUUAAGAUUAUCGACUCGUGUUUGUCAUGAUUAUUCAUUAUAUAUGAAAGAAGAUGUCGGUGACAAAUUAAAACCGAUUCAUAUACAUAUUGACUAUUCCCUUUCAUCAAAGUCAGAUGCAAAUGUUGUUCCACCAAUACUUGAUCCCGCCAAUUCCUCAUAUGAUUAUAACAUUCCAAUACAAAAAGAUUGUGGAGCAGAUGAUAUAUGUAUACCGAAUCUUCAUAUAUCAACAGCAAAAUGGCCAGAUGAUUAUAAAGUUGGCUUAACUAAGAAAAUUCUUCUUGAUAUUAAUGUAAUUAAUACAGGAGAGAAUGCAUAUGAUACACGGUGUUUUAUACAAUUACCUGCCGGAGUUGAAUAUGUUAGUUCAAAUUCAAGUUCAAUUACAAAUCUUUAUUGUAAUUUAAUAAAACAAUCUGAUCGCAUCAUUGUGUGUCAACUUGGUAAUCCACUUUUGGCCUAUGGAAAUAUCUCAUUACAAAUUCAUACAGCUGUCAAAAAUUAUUCAGCUAUAGAAGCAGAUACAUUUGUAUUCUUCAUUAAUGUUACAAGUGAUAAUCUGAAUUCAACAAAAUUAUCAACCGAAAUUGUGAUACCAAUAUCGAGUUCACCAGAAUUAGUCUUAAUUGGUGUUGCUAAGCCAGAACAAAUAGUCUCUGAUACGUCGGAUCAAACUUUUGGCAGAUAUCCAACUACUACGAAAACGGAUGACUUGGAAAUUGUUCAUACAUACACAUUGCAUAACAAGGGACCUAGUGAUGCAAAGCGUACAGAAAUUAAAUUUAUGUGGCCAAUGCUUCCAUUGGCAGGUUUCAAUGAACAGACACCAUUAUUGUAUGGAAUCGAUCUUCCAAAUAUUAUUCGAGUAUCCGAUCCAAAAGCAAAUAAAGAUCGAUGUCAAAUCUAUCAUUCAUCUCCAUAUGAAAUUCCUCGUAUAGAAAAUGAACGCAAUAAAUUAACUACUUUUUUCGAUAAAUUUCGUCCAACAAUAACAAAAAAUUUUAUAUUACAAGAUCAAUCAUCGAUUGAUCGAUUUCAAGGAUCUUUGUUGCCAGUCUAUUGUCAUGGACCAUUAUGUAAAACAUUCAUUUGCCAUAUUGAUACAUUACCGAUCGGUCAUAGUGUUUUGAUACAAUUAAAGGCUAGCCUACGAUAUAAUUAUUUGCAAUCAAAACUUGAUCGUUCUAAACCAUUUAUUAUUGUUUCAAAUGCAAGUGCACAAGUACGAGAAAUACCAUUGAAGUUUUCAACCACAAAAUCUCAACAACAACCAAUCGCACAAUUAAAGGUAUUGCUUUUUCUUUCUUUCUACGCUGAGAAUAAUAACGAAAGCAAUUACAUUUAUGCCUAA